AUGGACUCCUCUGACGGGAUAGCACCGAGCUUCUGCAUCGGCCAACAUGAGAGCAAGCGCGCAGGACCAAUUACUUCGGAGGUUGUACAACUAGCUCACGAAAGCAACUAUGAUAUGCUCACCACCCCUAUCACGACCCCCCACUUCCAUUCGCGUGUGCUCAGUCUACUCUCCUCUCACCUUGCGAACAUACAAGCCGUAUCCCAUGAUGAUCCUAGGACGUUGAUGACAACACAAAAUGUGCAGCCGCUCGUUGUACCGCAAUUAGGACCGUCCGAUACUCACCUCACCCCCAAUGAUGCCAUGUCGCAGUUGGUGGGAGUUACCAGUUCCUGGAUUGAUAUGUGUUCUCCGGACCCAUUGAUUGCAGACAUAUCCCGCCAGGUCUUCAUGCUAGAGGUUGCCUACGCUGCUUUCUGUGGUAUUGGUUAUCUACUGAUUCCGGGACCUAAACUGCACCACAAUGGGAUGCACUCGGAGGGAGUGAUAUACUACGCACGCGCGAUUCAGGACGCGAUUGGUCUUGGUCCUUAUAUCCAGUUUCAUGUCUGGCUGAACAUGGUCGACAGCCAAGAUCUCGAAGUAGAUGAGAUGGGCGAUCUUGCACCCCUGGCACGGGAAGUAUUUUACGAAGACUUGGAAAAUCAGUCGCCCAAGCUAGACCUCUUCGGUACUUGGGAUGCCUGGGAUGCCAUCAGGAGAUCCUGUAAAUAUCAUUCAAGACUUUUCGUAGCACUCACGCUGCCGAAACACCUCCCCCCGAUGUCCGUUCAGUCCAGGUGGCACUCGGAGCCAGUGCAUCUAUUCACUAUUGAACCCAUAAUAUUCAUCAAGAACCAGAAGGGCUACCCCGUGCUAUCCAAAACGCACCAGGCUCUGAUUUCUCGAUUUAUGCGUCUUCGAACUGCCCCAUGGAUAUUGCUCUGCGACGUCGGCCCUAUUCCAGGUGUAGAGGCCGACUCCUCAGCGCCCAAUAAUCUUCCCGGCUCUGAAUAUCCCAGCCUAGCGCAGGCCGCAGGCUCGCACAAGAAGCAUUUUGAUCCGACUCCACACCUGUCCUAUAUGAGAAAUCUUCAGCAACGUCAGCCUCCUCGCACUGCUAUUGAGAGAUUCGGCGUCGGGUACCAAGACUAUCUCCAGGCGCCGCUGCAGCCACUGACGGUCAAUCUGGAAAGUAUCACCUAUGAGGUCUUCGAGAAGGACCCUAUCAAAUACGAGUGGUAUGAAAGAGCUAUUGCGAAGGCGCUGAGUGAUUGGUCGGAACAGAAGAAGCCGACUUCCAACCCGGAUGGUCGGGUGGUCGUUGCCGUGGUUGGAGCAGGGAGAGGACCGUUGGUGACUCGAGCACUCAAAGCAAGUGCCCAGGCGGGUGUCGAAAUCGACUUGUGGGCCGUUGAGAAGAAUCAGAACGCGUUUGUUCUCCUCCAGCGCCACAACCAAAACCAAUGGGGCGGAAAAGUUACUCUGGUCCAUUCUGAUAUGCGUGCCUGGAAGGGACCACGAGUGCAGGUACAGAAGAACGUGUCCUCCCUCCCGACAGCACCCGUUGGGCAAUCUCUUGGAAUCGAGGAUCAGCUCCUACACAGCCAGGCCGGCGACCAGAAGGCACCCAUCGACCUUAGUGAAGACAAUCUUGGAAUUGCGUAUACCAAGAUUGACAUCGUGGUGUCGGAGCUCUUGGGCUCCUUUGGUGACAACGAACUUUCGCCAGAAUGUCUAGACGGCAUCAAUCACCUUAUCAAUCCCGUGCACGGUAUUUCAAUUCCCGCCUCAUACACGGCACACCUCACUCCGAUCUCCGCGCCGAAGCUGCACGCAGAUGUUGUAAAUCAGACGGUCUCGAACCCUGCAGCGCCCGAAACUCCUUACGUCGUUAUGUUACAUGCCAUCGACUACCUCUCUACGAACGCCGGGUGGGCGAACAACGCUCGAUCCUCAGUUGCAACGCUCCCGUCCGAAACACCUACGCCAUUCGUUCAGACCGCGUGGUCAUUCUCUCACCCUAACCGGGAUAUACCACCCCAGCCGCCUUCUACAUCGAUGAUUUCCAAUUCGCACAACGUGCGCCGCACCCGUCUUGCCUUCCCAGUUCCAAACCGUGGGGUCUGCCAUGGUCUCGGGGGUUACUUCGAGACCGUCUUAUACCGCGAUGUGGAACUUUCCAUUAACCCGGUGACAAUGGACAGCAAGAGCGCGAAUAUGAUUAGUUGGUUCCCUAUUUACUUUCCGCUGAAGACCCCUCUUAAUGUUCCAGACAAUGGUGAGAUCGUCGUCACAAUGUAUAGACAAACAGACGAUCGGAAAGUCUGGUACGAAUGGAUGGUGGAGGUUUUUGCUCUUGAAGGCGCCCCGGAGACUCCUUCAGAGCCAGGACGCACUCCUCCAAUGAUGAGCGGGGGCCGAACUAUAUCACCAGGCGCGGAUGCCGCAAGGAACCAGGACAAUAAUAAUAGUGACGUUAAGUCGUCAUCUCCGCAGCGAAGAGCAGGCGGGCCAAGGCGAGUGAGGGUGGGGAUGAGUGAUCUACACUCAAGCAUUAAGGAAGGAUGUCUCAUGUAG